AUGAACUUUAUAUCUUCGAUAGUUUCAAUGCUUUCACAAAGAGAAAUACACGUUUGUAUUGAUGGUAAAAAGUUGACACAUAAAUUUGAUCCAGAAAAUAAACUUGAAACAAUUCGCAAAAUAAUUAUUGAUAGGAAAAUCGCUAAUGAUGAUUUUGUCUUCAAAUGGCAAGAUGGAAAGACAGUUAAGCGUCCCGAUGAAGAAGAGUCUAAUAAUUUAUCAAGGAUUCUGAGACAUAAUAAUAUAUUGUAUAUUUCUACUUUAAAAGAGAACUCUGAGAUCAUUGUUUGCAUUGGUGAGGAUAACCCUUUUAACUGGUGUUUACCUGAGCGAAGCCAUCUUUCUGAAAUCAGAAAAGCAAAUGAAAUUAUCAAACCUGAAAGAAAUUUUUAUAUGGGUUCGAACUGUUAUUUUUUAGAUCAAGAUGGAAUAAAAAUACUAAAAGAACAAGAGAAUGAAAAAAUACUGUCGGAAAUUUUAAAAAUUGGGGAGAAUGACAGAAAUUACUUAUAUAUUGAUCGAAAUUGUGAAGAACCUGAUUGGAUAAGAUUGGUUGAUAAAUGCAAAUGUGGAUUCAUUAUUGAGGGAGAUUCAGUAAAACAAGCACCAAUUUUUGCAUUUACUAUCAAGAAAAAAAGAACAGAAGAAAUAAAAGAUAACAGUGGGCAUUUUAAAAAAAUGUUUAAAUGCAAAAAUAAAUUUCAAGAAUUAUGUAAUCGAAAUUUUAUUGCACUUGGAAAUACUACUUCUAUACUACCAUGGGCUUCUAUUUUUUUUGGACUUGAUCGGGAAACUUUCACUAAAAAACUGAAAUGUGAUAAAACGGCAACAAAAUAUUUAUACAUUAAAAAAAGAUGUGCAAGAAUAAAAAUUACCAAGGAUGAUAUUGAUUUAACUAUUGAAUUUGAAAAUAAAGUUAGGGCAGCAUUAAGGGAAGAGACACAAGAAAAUAAAGUAGCGAGACUUAGAGAACUAACAAAACAAUACGGAUAUUUUUAUGCAAGUUCAAUCUAUUUUGGUGGCGUUGCUAUUCAAAAAGAUGAAGACAUUGAACAAAUUGAUGAAACUGAAAACGGUAAUACAACAAAUAUGCAAAACUCGAUUAAUUCACUAAGCACUGAAACACAUGGAAUUAUCUCUUCAGAAACGGGUGGUAGCAUAAAAGCAGCAAUAACUAAUACCAACUCCAGUCUUAAUGUUAAAGGUGGUGAUGUUGCGGAUUUUAAUUUCGAUGAUCCCUCUAACUGGAUAAAUUCACUUAAGAAUAUUGAUACUUGGGAUAUAAUUGAAUAUGAAGAGGUCCAUUCAAUUUUUGACUUACUGGAGGAUAAUUUACGCAAGGAAGUUUUGGAAGCUUUAGGAAAGAGAAUUCUAAAAGUAAAUAUUGAAUCAAUUAAAUACCCUAUGAAUAACGAUAAAAAACCAUAUGCACAUCAGUUAGCUAAACAAUUGGAAGAUAUUACUAAUAUUGAGGAAUGUGAAAUUUUUUCCACUGUCAUGAAAAAGAAAAAUCGGCACAUGUUUUCUUCAUAUAUAUGUUAUGAUUCCCCUGAUAAGCCAGUUAUCCUUAUUCAACGCAUUCCAGGCAAAAUGACUAAAAAAAAAUAUAUAAAUAUCAAAAUUGGGUGGAUUGUUGUGGGAUACCCGACUAAAACCUUUGAUUUUGAUUUAUCAAAUCAAGUUAUUUUUAAAAGUGAAAAAUAUGAUUUUAAAACAAAGAAACAUAUUGAACAAGUUGAUCAAGAUAUACCAAAUGUGGAUCAAUAUGUAUUGGCGACGUGUAUUUUAGAUGGAGUAGAAGAAACAAAUACGAGUUUAGAAUUAUUAAAUCCUCGUGAUUCAAGAUUAAUAGUUGGAACUCAUUUUUCUCAUUCAAAAGACUCUGCAUGUUCAUUUUUUAGAAACUUGAAUGAAUCAGAGUCUAAUGGUAAUCCUGUUUUGAGAUUAUCCAUUUGUACUAUUUAUGUAAGACAAGGUUGUCAAGAAAGCUAUUUUUAUCAAGGUGAGGCUAAAUGGAAUAAGCUCAAAAGACUGAUAAACAAUGAAGGAGUCCUUUGCUCUGAAGUAAGAAAAAAUAAUGAGAGACUUGUAUUUGCUUAUAUGCUUUUUGAUGAAUGCCAACCUGAAUGUGAUUACCAUGGAGUUGUUAACAUUGCUAACAUCGAUCCUGAUUCUCCUGAUCACAUGUAUCUAUUAUAUAAAUUAUUGAAAGAAAAGUCUUUUGACAAAAAUGAAAUCUCAUGUUUCUGCUUAUCACCUAAUAAAGAACAUAUUCAUGAUAUA